AUGGCUCUUGUUUACGAAUAUAUGCCCCAAGGGAUGCUUGAAGAUCACCUGCAUAAGGCUGGUGAGACUAUACCUUGGUUACAAAGCCUCAAAAUUUGCAUUGGGUCAGCAAGAGGGUUGGACUACCUUAACACGGGUACAGGCACUCAACACAGAAUCAUACACCGUGAUGUAAAGAGCUCCAACAUUUUGUUGGAUAACAACUUUUCAGCAAAAUUUUCUGACUUUGGGCUAGGAAAAAUUGGCUCGACAAACCAAUCAGUGAUAUGUGGGAGAGAAGCCGUGGAUUCAAAACUUGAUCAAUAUCAAUGCGGUUUAGCACAAUGGGCUGAAGACCGUAUUAAACAAGGAAAACUCAACCAUAUUAUAGAUUCAAGAAUCUGGGGCAAAUCAAUAUCAAUGCGGUUUAGCACAAUGGGCUCAAGUACGUAUUGCAUGUCGCUGCUUACAUAA